AUUUCAGCUGCCUCACAUUACUUGCGGAAGGUCACCAGACCAGAGUCUCCGGGCUUGGAACGGCUUGAGGUUCUACGACCAACAGAUCUCUUUGCAACUCCAAUUGGAGCAUUGGAGACUGGAAGGUGCCCUUGGACAUCUGGGAGGGUGAAUUUGUUCCAAAAGGACAUGUCAUCGAAAUCUGUAUAAGAGUGCAGAAGGAUAACGUUAAUAAGUUGGAGUGCGUUUAGGAAGUAAGCAACAUGGCAUACAAAGGAUCCUACGAAAUCCAGAUGUUGGCCACAGGUGAAGAAAGUCCCAAGCCUCAUUCGAGGUUCAUAUCGGGAGCCGCAGACCCCAGCAGAGGAAAAAUUAUUCUGCAAAAGGAUCCCCCAGGAAGUCUCCCGUUUCAGUCUGACACAUAUAACAAAAACUUUGGAAAAGAAACUUUCCACAAGGCAUUUGUUGAAAUGAAUGAACUGACGAAGGAUGGGGAGAAAUCUUACUGGAAGGAACGUGCACGAUGGAUAAUGUACGAGGAGAAGCUCGAGGAGGAAACAGACCGUUGGAGUAAACCACAUGUCCCUUGUCUCAGUUUCAGGUGUCUGCUGGAAGUACAAAGGGCCAUCAACAAUGGUGCUGUCCUGUUUGACUUGAAGGAAACCACCAUGUCUGGGAUUAGUGUUCACAUUGUCGAAGAGAUGAUCGCCAAAGAUCAGAUCAGAGCACAAAUGAGAAUCACUGUGUUGAAAACCUUGCUCUUAAAACACAGACACCAAUUUGAUGAAGAUGUUAGUGGUCAUCUGGAUAUUGAAACAAAGUUAAAAGAGGAUCAUCAGAGCAGACGUCACUCGGAAAUAAUGGACAAAGUUCCAGAAAACACAGAGGCCACCCUGGUUCUUGUUGGUUGUGUGGAGACAAUGGCUUCUCCAGCAAUGGCCUUUGUGCGUUUGGAGCAGGCUGUGUAUUUGGAGUCAGUGCUGGGGAUUCCCAUCCCCACCAGAUUCAUAGCUGUAUUCCUGGGACCCAGCACUUCUAAUCUGGACUACCAUGAAAUUGGACGCUCACUUUCAACUUUAAUGGCAGACAAGGUUUUCCGCCAAGUGGCAUAUGAAGCAAAGAGUCGCAGCGAUCUGCUGACCGGUAUCCGUGAGGUUCUGGACUACAGCAUUGUCAUUUCCCCAACAGAAGUUCAUGAUGAGGAUCUACUAAGGUCUGUCAUCCCCUUCCAGCAUGAAAUGCUGUUGAAGAGGAAGAAAAAGAUUGAUAAGAAGUUGGGAAAAACGGCUGUACCAUUACAAAUCGCCGCAAAGAAAACAACACCCCCUGAAGACGAUGAUCCUCUCAAAAGAACAGGGAGACCGUUUGGAGGUUUGAUCCGAGAUAUCAAGCGGCGCUACCCCAAAUACCUGAGCGACAUCAAGGACGCCCUGAACACUCAAUGUCUGGCUGCAAUUAUCUUCAUUUACUUUGCUGCCUUGACCCCCGCCAUCACCUUUGGUGGUCUACUCGAGGAGAAGACCAAGGGCAACAUGGGCGUUUCGGAGCUGAUUGUUUCAACAGCAGUUCAAGGAAUCAUCUUCUGCCUAAUUGGUGCUCAGCCCUUGCUAAUUUUGGGUUUCUCUGGCCCACUCUUGGUGUUUGAGGAAGCCUACUUUAACUUCUGUGAAACGCUUGGUGUGGACUACCUGGCUGGUCGUGUAUGGGUUGGAUUUUGGAUGAUUAUUAUCGUGGUUGUGCUUGUUGCCUUUGAAGGCAGCUUCAUGGUUCGAUUCAUUUCUCGAUUUACACAGGAAAUAUUCUCCAUCUUAAUCUCCCUCAUCUUCAUCUACGAAACCUUCAACAAGCUAUUUAAGAUUUUCAAAGCUCACCCUCUGACUGAGCAUUACAACACAAGUGUGAGUGGUACAAGUGUGAGUGGCCCUGACCAGACACCACAACCCAACACAGCGUUGCUGUCCCUUGUUCUGAUGCUGGGAACCUUCUUCAUUGCCAUUUUCUUAAGGCAGUUGAAAAACAGUCAGUUUCUUCCAGGAACGAUCCGGCGUGUGAUCGGUGAUUUUGGCGUUCCCAUUGCCAUCCUUUCCAUGGUGCUGGUGGACUUCUUCAUUAAGACCUUCACCCAGAAACUCAAUGUUCCAGAUGGUCUUCAGGUGACAAACUACCCAAAUAGAACUUGGUUUAUCCACCCUCUUGAAGGAAUUCCCUAUUGGAUGAUGCCUGCCUCAAUUGUUCCCGCCAUGCUAGUUUUAAUCCUUAUCUUCAUGGAAUCUCAGAUCACAACGCUCAUUGUCAGUAAGCCAGAUCGGAAAAUGGUGAAAGGCUCUGGGUUUCACUUGGACUUGCUACUGAUUGUGCUAAUGGGCGGAAUUUCUGCUCUGUUUGGAGUGCCUUGGAUGAGUGCGGCCACUGUGAGGACCGUCACUCAUUGCAACGCCCUUACUGUGAUGAGCAAAUCUGUUCCACCAGGCCACAAGCCCCAGAUUCAAGAAGUUAAGGAACAAAGGAUAACUGGAUUUAUUGUUGCCAUUCUAAUCGGUCUGUCCAUUCUGAUUGGAAAUAUCCUGCGCAAUAUCCCGCUCGCUGUCCUGUUUGGAAUCUUUUUGUACAUGGGAGUGACAUCUUUGAAUGGAAUCCAGCUCUUUGAUCGUUUGCUACUGUUGUUCAUCCCACCUAAGUAUCACCCAGACCUCAGCUAUGUACGCAAGGUGCACACCCGUCGCAUGCACAUCUUUACUAUCAUCCAGCUACUCUGCAUUGUGAUUCUGUGGGCGAUCAACAAAUCUGCCUUCUCACUGGCUUUUCCCUUCGUGCUCAUUCUUACCGUCCCCCUCAGAAUGUUUGCACUGGGCAAGAUUUUCUCACCAGUGGAGAUGAAAAGUCUGGAUGGAGACGAAGUGGAAGCUACGUUUGAUGAGCAGGCAGGAAAGGACGUUUAUGAUGAAAUACCAAUGCCAUCCUAACGACGCCAAACCCAUUCAGGACAUAGCCGUUAACUCAUUGCAACUUAAGAAACAACAAAACCGAUCAAUGUUCGUUGUCCUGCUUAUUUUCCUUUGUGAAUUGGUGAAAGCCAAAAGGGAGGGGUGGUGAGUUUCAAAGUUGUGCAAUUGUCAAUACACAAUCACAUCCCAGUACCAGGGACCAAAUUAAGUCACAUUGUUGCCAUGGUAACAUAAUUAUCAAAAUACGGACUGACUUACCCAUGUUUAAGUAGAGAAAGAUAAUAGACUAGAUGACAAUAGUACAACUUUACACUCUCUGCCCAAGAUCCCGGAAUGUUAUAUGCUGGUGCUAGUGACAUGUGAGGCAUGCAUCGUUUGUUCCAUUUAACACAUUUAAAAUCUUGUUGCCAUUUUUUAUUCCAUUUCUAUAAUAGUAGUACUCUAGCUGCAGCAAAAGCUAUGACGAACGAAAAACAGAUUGUGGGAGCAACUCAGCAGAUCAGACAGCAUCCAGUACGUGGAGGAAGUGGACAGACGACGUUUCAGGUUGGAAACCCGUGAUGAGAUUGAAGACGGGUCCUGACUCGAAAUGUCGUCCGUCCAUUUCUUUUCACGGAUGCUGACUGUUCUACUGUGUUCCUCCUGCAAUCUGUUUUUGCUCAAGACACCAGCAUCUGCAGUUUGCACCAUGAAAGUAUUGCUGUCAUAUUACUAACCUUUCCUCUCAAACUAAUUACAUCCCUGCAAACUAUUAUUUUGUUUUUACUUGAGCUAAUAUGGGGUUUUUUCUGCGCCCCAAUAUUUGUAGGGAGUGGACGUGAUAGUGGAGUGAGUAUUUCUGGUGGGUCGGAGGUGAGGGAGCAAACUACAAAGUCAGGACAUGGGAGUACUGUUGAAUUUACUAACAAGCUUUUUUUUCCCAUUUUGCUCUGUUUCCUACCUGUCAAGCAACCUGUGGUCAUUGCACAUAGCAAACAACAAUAUAGAAUUACAUGAAUAUGUAUGUGUUAAGCUGCAGGUAGAUCAUGUUAUCUGAAUACAACUGGACGGCACAGUGGCACAGCGGUAGAGUUGCUGCCUUAAAGAGCCAGAGGUCCCAUUACGAUCCUCACUAUGGGUGCUGUCUCUACAUAGUUUGAUUGUUCUCCCCAUAGGUUUACUCCGGGUGCUCCAGUUUCCUUCCACACUCCAACGACAUACAGAUUUGUAGGUUAAUUGGUUUCGGAAAAAUCGUAAAUUGUCCCAAGUGUGGAGGAUAGUGAGAGGUCGCUGGUCGGCACGGUCUCGGCGGCUGAAGGGCCUGUUUCCAUGCUGUAUCUCUAAAGUAAAGUAAAGGCAGUGGGAGGGGGAAAAUAAAUCAAACCAGGUAAUAAAAGAGGCGAGGGGGAAAUGUGAAUUAUUGUAAGUUAGUCAUAGGGUCAUAGAGUAUUACAGCAUGGCCCAACUUGUCCAUGCCAAUCAUAAUGCCCUAUCUACACUAGUUCCACCUGCCCACGUUUGGCCCAUACCCCUCUUUUAAAUGUUAUAAUAACUGCCUCAACUACCUCCUCCGGCAGCUCGUUCUAUAUAUCUACCACCCUCUGUGUAGAAAAGUUGCCCCUUGGGUUCCCAUUAAAUCUUUCCCCCCUCACCUUGAACCUAUGCCCUCUGGUUCCUGAUUUCUCUACUGGGUAAAAGACCGUAAAAUAAAAUGCAUCAGCACCAUCUAUUCCCUUCAUGAUCUUGUACACCUCGAUAAGGUCAACCCUUAUCCUCCUGUGCUCAAAGGAAUACAAUACUACCCUGUCCUAUCUCUCCCUAAAACUCAGACCCUCGGCAUCCUCGUAACUGGUGAGUGAGGAAGAAAAUCAGGCGGUGUUGGACUAACUAUGGGGGAACAGCAAGUACUGCCUGUUGGUGGGGAGUGGGAAGGUCAGCUGUCACUUUGGAGAGAGAGCAGUAAACAUUGUGAGCUUUCAAUACUGGGGAGGAGGCUUGUUGGUAGCAGAAGGUUUGUCUCGAGGGUUCUUUCUGGUCAAAAAUAAAUGCAAUAAAGAGCACAUUGUAUCAUUCUAUCCUUAUAAACAGGGUGAACCAGUGCCAAAUGUGACCGCCUUCAGAGGAAAGGAGAUGAGGAGGAAUUUCUUUAGUCAGAGGGUGGUGAAUCUGUGGAAUUCAUUGCCACAGACCAAGGAGGCCAAGUCAAUGGGUAUUUUCAAGGCAAAGAUUGACAGUUUCUUGAUUAGUAAAUGGUGUCGGGGGUUAUGGGGAGAAGGCAGGAGAAUGGGGUUGAGAGACAAAGAUAGACCAGCCAUGAUUGAAUGGCAGGGUAAACUUGAUGGGCCGAAUGAUCAAAUUCUUCUCCUAUGACUUAUACAUGACUUCUUAUGAAACAGAGCUCUAUGUACUUAUUGUAGAUUGGGAUUUUCCUCUUCAGAGUGGGAUUCUGGAUGCUCCCAAAUUUCCUUAGAACUAAAACUCUCAUAUUCUCAACAGGUGAGGGUCUGUUGUCUCAAACUUGCCAAUCCUCUCCUGCCCAUUGUGAAAAGGGUCAAACUCUCCCACCACCCCUCCAUCAAUAUAAUUCUUAGUAGUUAGCGACCAUUUCAUUACAAGAUGCUUCAGAGACUAUAUCCUUCAGACUUUAAGAGGCUUUUUCAUAACAUUGAAAUGCUGAUUUAUGCUUUAUAUAAGUGGCUGAGUUCAAAAUGAAUGCAAUUUCUUGUUCUCUCAAGAAUUUUAACCAAGGGGAAUACGAUCUUUUAAUAACAAUAAUUCUUAGCUAAGGUGCCUGAAACUUUUGUGUGCAUUUAUUUUUUGUAAUGUGCUUACACUGCUUAAUUUUAGCAAUAAUUUAAUUCCAUUAAAUUGCUUUGAUGAUACAUCCCAUGUUUUUAAAUAUCCAUAUUUUGAUACAUUUACAUUUUAAUUGAGUUAUUAUAAUUUCUACCACUUAUUCGAUUAUAGAUAAGUCUUCCUGGAUUUGGAUUGGGUACUUUUAGACUGUUCCUACAAUGAAAUGAAAGCACAGUAAAAACAAAAGACAAUAUGCCUUUUUGAAAAGGUUCAUUUAGAAUUGUUCCAUUUGUGGACAAGCUCUGGUGAAAUUGUGCAGUUAAUAAUUUUCCCUUUUAUAUUCAAAUAUCGUGUAAAGUUUCUGAAAUGUGAUGGGAUGGAGAUGAAGACAUCACCUCGAUAAUGAAUAAUUUCCCGAUGAUUGCUUAUGAUGUGAUUACUUUUUCAGACUGGAUUGUCUUUUUCUAAAUAAAGAUAUGUGCUCCAAUAA